ACCAGCUGGUUCCUGGGACAAGGCCAGAUUCUCAAUUGCUCUAGCACCACGCCUUUUGUGCCUCUCAAUUCUGUGCACAACAGUCUCUUUCUUUUUCUCUCCUCAUCCACCCCCGCACACACUGAAGCCCGCGCCAAGAUGAGUCUCCAGCCGCCGUCCCUCGCCAUGAGGUCCAAGUCGCCCUCUGGCGGCUCCACAAAGGCCGUCAUCCUGGUCGGAGGGCCCUCUCGCGGCACCCGCUUCAGGCCGCUGUCUAUGGAACUGCCCAAGCCGCUCUUCCCCGUCGCUGGCCACCCCAUAAUCGAACACUGCUUCCGCGCAAUCACAAACGUCCCCGAUAUCAAGGAAGUCUUCAUUGUCGGCUACUAUGAGGAAUCCGUCUUUCAGCCCUUUAUCAAUGCCGUGUCGACCAACUGGCCCCACCUGAGCGUUAAGUACCUCCGCGAAUACCAGGCAUUGGGUACUGCUGGAGGUCUCUACCACUUCCGUGAUGUCAUAUUAAAGGGCAAGCCCGAGAAGCUUUUUGUUCUCAACGCAGAUGUCUGCUCCUCAUUCCCGCUUGUCGAGAUGUUGAAGCUAUUCGAGGACAAGGACGCAGAGGCUGUCAUGCUGGGCACCAGAGUCGCAAACGAGGCCGCCUCAAACUUUGGAUGCAUCGUCUCGGAUGCGCACACCAAGCGCGUGCUCCACUACGUCGAGAAGCCCGAGUCGCAUAUUUCCAACCUGAUCAACUGCGGUAUCUACCUCUUUGCGACCGAGUGCAUCUUCCCCGCCAUCCGCAGCGCUAUCAAGCGACGGACCGAGCGUCCACGGCUGCUGUCGUACCCCUCCAACGAGAACCUCGAGUCUUCCUUUUACCAGAACGAAGACGACGACGACAGCAGGGAAAACGCUGUCAUUCGCCUUGAGCAGGACGUGCUGUCAGAUAUUGCCGACAGCAGGCAGUUCUUCGUCCUUGAGACAAAGGACUUUUGGCGCCAGAUCAAGACUGCGGGCUCUGCCGUCCCCGCCAAUGCUCUGUACCUCGCCAAGAUGUUCCAGGCGGGAUCAGAAGAGCUUGCCGCCCCCUCUGCCAACAUUCUGCCCCCAGUCUACAUUCAUCCCUCUGCUCAGAUCGAUCCAACCGCCAAGAUCGGACCCAAUGUCUCCAUUGGCGCCCGCGUCGUCAUCGGCGCUGGUGUACGUGUGAAAGAGUCCAUUGUGCUCGAGGACUCUGAGAUCAAGCACGACGCAUGUGUGCUGUACACCAUUAUUGGCUGGAACAGCAAGGUUGGUGCAUGGGCCCGUGUUGAGGGUACACCAACGCCCGUCACCAGCCACACUACUAGCGUCAUCAAGAACGGUGUCAAGGUUCAGAGCAUUACCAUCCUCGGUAAGGACUGCGCCGUCGCAGAUGAGGUCCGUGUGCAGAACUGUGUCUGUCUGCCAUACAAGGAGCUGAAGCGGGACGUCUCUAACGAGGUCAUCAUGUAAAAUGAUGUGAGACUUUACAUUAUGCUGUUGAUCAAUGAUAAUGAAGGGACAACGACAUGGGGACCUGUAGUGAACGAUUAGGAAAAUAGCACCGCUAGGGGCGUUUAAAAGAGAAAUCAAUAUACCACAAUCUAUGAGAGAUUUCAAUCAAAUACUCUCAGCAUCAAAACAGAGGCCAAAAAAUGUGUGUAUAUGAUUGGCGAGGAGUUAUGUUGAGUAUCGUCGGUUUCUGUCAAGGAUGUUCAGGGCUACCCGCUUCUAGGCUCGAUAGGGUAUCGGCGCUUGAACAUUGCAUCUUGUCACUUUGCC